AUGGCUGGAGUCUUUACUUCUGGACCAGCACCUGGCAUGGAGCUCUCCUGCUGGGGCGAUCCCCCCACUGGACACACGCUGCACCACCCCGGCCUGUUGCUGCUGAUGGCACUUAGCCCCUCUGCAGACCUGUCGGGGCUGUGCCUUCUCUUUGAGCCUGUGUGGCUCGGCUCCCUGCACGGGGUGCUGCACCCUCGGGGACCAAGUGGGCCACCUGGAGCACGGGCGCCCCCUGCACCAGCGCUGGCUGCGGCCCAGGUGAGCCCCUGCCGCACCUGCUGCCCCUUGUCUCGGGCCUGCACGCCGCUCCCUUCCUCCCCAUUCUCCAGCCUCUGUGGCCAGGCACAGCUGUGUCCUGUAGGCCCCAGGAAGGAGGUGGGGGUGGGGAGGAGCACUGAGAGUGUUACAGGAGUAACACUGCUGGCCCUCCCACUGCUGGGCCGCUGUGUGACCUGGGGUCUCAGUUUUCCUCGGUCUGGUGGUGGGUGCAGGUCCCUGUCCAGCAGCCAUCGGCUCACCAGGCUCCUUGGGGUCCACAGGCCACAGCAGGGUUACCCGUGGGGAGGCCCAGGCCCAGGGCUUCCCCCACCCCCUGAACUGUACCCAUGGCUGCCACUUGAGCUGAUCUGCAGGGACACUCCCACCACCACCUCGGACCUCUACAGCUUCUGCACCCUGGCCCAGGAGGUCUUCACUGGAGAGCUGCCCUGGGCUGGUAGAGGGGGACCCGAGGUGAAGGCCAAGCUGGAGGCAGGGGAGAGCCCGGCCCUGGACCCUCGGGUGCCGGCGCCCUACCAGGCCCUGGUUCAAGCUGGGCUAGGCCUGGCACCUGCCGACCGCUGGGGCAGCCUGCAGAGUACCCGAUACCUGCUGCGGGAGGCCACGGCCCAGGACAUGGCUCCUGAGGUGGGCUCCCCGAUGGAGUGGACCACGCUGUCCCCUGCAUCCCAGGCUUCCCCACCAGAGAAACUGUACUGUGAAAUGGCUCACAGAGCCAAGAGCACACCCAGGCCUGUGCCCACUCUGACGUCUCCAGGCCCCAUCCCAUCCCAGGCCCCGGAGACUCCUGAGGUCACAGGCCACAGCAGGGUCCCGAGGGGCGUAGCUUGGAACUCGGGCAGCAGUUUGACUCUAGGCAGCAGCCCCGGGCCUGGCCACAGCCCCACAGCCAGGGCCUACCUGCAGUGCUGCGGAGAGCCCGGCUCAACGACACCCGGUGCUGAGCUGACUGGAGGAGGUCUUUUCCCCAGCCUGCAGAAGAUGGACCUGCUGGAGGAGAUCAUGGCAGAGCUGCAAAAAGGAUGUCAGCUCGGAGAAAAGCCCAGCCUGAGCCCCACUCCUGACCCAGACUCCCAGGGUACCCAUGGUUCCCUCUCUGAGAUACCGCCUCUCAGAGCUUCCCAGGAGUAACUCCCACCAUGGUGCCUCCCCAAAAGGAAAUAGAAUGAUAGAGCACCUCCUCCGUCUCUCUUCCCUCACUGAGUUUGGCCCCAGC